AUGUCAAUUUCAGUCGGGCGACGAUCAAGUGUCACUUUGGUCACAUUGCCACACUUUCAAACACGUUAGUGUUAUUUUGUAGCCGUAGAAAACUGUCAUGGAACACAUAAAGGAUGGAUGGUUUACGGAGUCAUGCGCGCUAUGGCCGGGGCAAGCGAUGAGCCUCCAGCUGGAAGAGGUCCUCUACCAGAAGAAGUCCGAUUUUCAAGACAUUAUGGUUUUCAAGAGUAAAACCUAUGGGAAUGUCUUGGUGCUGGAUGGAGUGAUCCAGUGCACAGAGAGAGACGAGUUUGCCUACCAAGAGAUGAUUGCAAACCUUCCACUGUGCAGUCACCCUUCCCCCAAGAAGGUGCUGAUUAUUGGCGGCGGAGAUGGCGGAGUGCUGAGGGAAGUAGUGAAGAGUCCACUGGUGGAGUCGGUGGUUCUGUGUGAGAUCGAUGAGGAAGUCAUUAACGCAUCCAAGAAGUUCCUCCCGGGGAUGGCCAAAGGGUUUUACAGUCCCAAGCUCAUCCUCCAUAUUGGAGACGGCUUUGAAUUCAUGAAGAAGAACCAGGAUGCCUUCGACAUCAUUAUAACCGAUUCCUCCGACCCCGUUGGACCCGCUGAGAGUUUGUUCAAGGAGUCUUACUAUCAACUGAUGAAGACGGCGUUGAGAAACGGUGGAAUUCUAUGUUCCCAGGGAGAGUGUCAAUGGCUCCAUUUGGAGCUGAUAAAGGAGAUGCGAACCUUCUGCAAGACCCUAUUCCCUGUGGUGGACUACGCCUACAGCACCAUCCCAACUUAUCCCAGCGGCCAAAUUGGAUUCAUGCUCUGUAGUAAAAAUCCCGAAACAACUUUCGUGGAGCCAAUGAGAACGCUGUCAAAAGAAGAAAUGGAAAAUAUGAACCUUAAAUAUUACAACCCUGAAAUUCACAAAGCAUCGUUCGUCCUGCCUGAGUUUGCAAAGAAGGUACUCAAUGAAGCAUGACCAGCAACAGCAAGACCGUGUUCAUCCUCUACCUGGCCCUCUGACCACAGAUAAACAACCUUGUUCUCAGGCUUCUUCACCUCCUCGGCACAGUUCAGCACCACUGAAGAGAGUAGCCUCCUUAACAUGUUCUGGAUGGGAGCACCUAUUAAUCAUCAGUGGGUGGGAACUUGCUGAGUUAUACAGUGAGAAGUGUUAGUUCGCUCCAAUGUUUCCUUCCUUCCUUCCAGUUGUACACACUCUUGUUGUUUUUAUUUAUUUUACUGAUGUAUUUGGUUUUUUUUUCAUUUUUACUCUGUAAUCUUCUUAUCAGCAUUUUGUGACGAGCGAUUUAAUGGACUGGGCUGAGGGGGGAGCGCAUUGCCAUCAAACCUGACCUCAAUCUGAAACUGUGUACUGUCUGUCGGAUUCACUGAAUCUACACCUUAUGUAAUGCAUUACCUUACCACGUAGUACAUUGAUGUACUUUUCUUUGUAAUGUUUGAUAUCGGUUUGUGCUCACAGGAAAACACACAGUCGCCAUCUGUCGCGACUGCAUAUUCACAGUACUAAUGUGUCCUCUACACACAAAAACCCUAUAGUGCCUGAAAUUGGUUGUUUUGUUGUUGGUAGGAAAAAAAAAAGAAGACUUGCUUUGAAUCUAAGUGUACCAGGCACAUAGUGGCCUAGAAGAAACCUCAUGUGUCAGUAAUUGACAAAAGUGUCCCUUUACCACCAACGUUCUACAAGAUUAACAUCAAUUUUCUCCGCUUUGACCAUCAAUUAUAACGGUGUUAAAAAAA